CGUUAAGCUUUUUAUCCUCACCUAAUCUAACGUGCGCGGCAAUCGAAUUGAUCCCAAAUCAAAAACCUAGACCCGCGUACCCAAAUUCACACUCGCUCUCUGUUGACCUCUCCGAUACAAUUGAAGCUACAGAUUCAAAUUUAGGGGGCCAAUUGUUCGGUGGUUAUGGUUUUGGUAUGAAUUUUCGAGUGGUGUGAUGAAGAAUGUGGAAAUACCUAAUUGGCUUGAAAAGUUGCCUUGGGCACCUGAAUUCCGACCAACCGAUACCGAAUUCGCGGACCCAAUUGCUUAUAUAUCGAAGAUAGAGAAAGAGGCGAGUGCAUUCGGUAUAUGUAAAGUGAUCCCACCAUUGCCAAAGCCUUCGAGAAAAUAUGUACUCCACAACUUGAAUAAGUCACUCUCGAAAUGCCCCGAAUUGGGUUCCGAUGUAAAUCUCGUCACUUCGCCUAAGACAGAUAGUUCCGAUAGAACUGUUGGUAGUGGGGAGAGUAGGGCUGUUUUCACUACACGGCACCAAGAAUUAGGCUGCGAGAAAAUUAAAAAGGCGAAGGGUACGACUGUGGACCAUGUUGUUGGUGCUAAGAAGCAAGUUUGGCAGAGUGGGGAAGUUUAUACGCUGGAGCAGUUCGAGGCGAAGUCGAAGACUUUCGCCAAGAGUCAACUCAGCACGGUGAAGGAGGUGAACCCGUUAGUUAUCGAAUCCAUGUUUUGGAAACAAGCGUUGGAGAAGCCUAUAUAUAUUGAGUACGCGAACGAUGUGCCUGGUUCAGGGUUCGGCGAGCCCGAGGGAAUGCUGCGGUACGUCGAUAGACGUAGGAGGAAAACUAGAAAGAGGAACUCGUUCGAUAGGAAUAGUUUUAGUAACUCCGAUAAAAAGAAUGACGAAGUAGAUACAAAGAGUAGUGUUAGAGGUGAUACUAAUCGCAAUGUAUGUACAGAGACGAAAUCGAACGACGGGGCUUCUUGCUCUGGUCGAAAAGAAUUUCAGGGUAGCGCUGAGGUGGAAGGUAGUGCUGGUUGGAAACUUUCGAAUAGUCCGUGGAAUUUGCAAGUGAUAGCUCGUUCGCCUGGAUCUUUGACGCGUUUUAUGCCCGAUGAUAUACCUGGUGUUACUUCUCCAAUGGUUUAUAUCGGGAUGCUGUUCAGUUGGUUUGCGUGGCAUGUCGAAGAUCACGAGCUUCACAGCUUGAAUUUCCUUCAUAUUGGCUCUCCCAAGACUUGGUAUUCUGUGCCCGGAGAUUGUGCUUUCGACUUUGAAGAAGCGAUUCGUCUUCAUGCUUAUGGAGGAAAUGCCGACCGGUUAGCUGCUCUAUCUCUCCUAGGGGAAAAGACUACUGUUCUAUCUCCUGAAAUUUUUGUUGCAUCAGGCAUCCCGUGUUGCAGGUUGGUACAGUAUCCAGGGGAAUUUGUUGUGACUUUUCCGAGAGCUUACCACAUCGGAUUCAGCCAUGGUUUCAAUUGUGGAGAAGCUGCUAAUUUCGGAACACCGAAGUGGCUUACAAUAGCUAAGGAAGCUGCUGUUCGUCGAGCUGUAAUGAAUUAUCUUCCCAUGCUUUCCCAUCAGCAACUGAUGUACUUGUUGACCAUGUCUUUCAUUUCAAGAAUACCAAGAUCCUUACUGCCAGGUGUGCGAAGCUCGCGUUUGAGAGACCGUCAAAAGGAAGAGAGAGAGAUAUUAGUAAAGAGAGCAUUUAUCGAGGAUAUCUUGCAUGAAAACAGGCUCGUGAAUAUUCUCCUUCGCCGAAGCUCCUCUUACCGUGCGGUACUGUGGGAUGUCAAAUCAGUGUCGUCUUCGAGUAAAGAAUCAGGAAUCUGCAAAGAUGCUGAUCCUGUUGUCGUAGUGACAUCAGCAUCGAUGGAAAAAGAUUCUCCCGGUGAUAAUAGUAUUAUGGGUGAUGUUAAGAACCAGCUAAGUGAUUAUAUUGGUGCGGUUGGUUAUGAUAUCAACGAUGAUGACUUGGCGUAUGAUUUUCAAAUAGAAUCGGGGACUUUACCAUGUGUAGCUUGUGGUAUACUUGGAUUUCCGUUUAUGGCCGUCGUUCAACCAUUUGUGGAUCCUCUUGCAGUUUCUGUGGGACCUACUUUGAAGCAUGAAGAUGUUUCUUCGGAAAUGGAUAUUGCAGAGGGAUGGAAUAUCUCUAAUGUGUCUCUAAAACCGAGGAUAUUCUGCUUAGAGCAUGCGAUUGAAAUCGAAGAAUUGUUGAGUUCGAAAGGCGGAUCCAAUGUUCUUGUCAUCUGUCAUUCGGACUUUCAGAAAAUCAAGACUCAUGCUGCAGUGGUUGCGGAGGAAAUAUCGAUGCCUUUCUGUUACGUCGAGAUUGCACCACUAGUUAACGCUUCCCCCGAAAAUCUGAACUUGAUCGAUAUUGCUAUCGGCAGAGAAGAAACCGAAUGUGCCGAAGACUGGACCUCACAGUUGAGCAUCAAUCUACAGCACUGCGUGAAGGUGAAAAAGUGUUUCCCAUCUAAGAAUGUCCAGCAUUUGUCGAGUUUGAACGGUUUGUUUUGUGAUGCAACUCCACGUAUUUCAAAUAAAUCGAGCGUUAAGUGGCUAUCGACAAAAUUACGCACAAAAAGUCGCCAAUUAAAGCCUCUGUUGAAAAAUAAGCCAUCUGUUGAGAGUGAAACUGCGGAGGAGGUUACGGAGAGAGAGGAGGAGCAAAAGAUAUCGGAGAAAAUUGUCGAAAAGAAAUUCAUCCAAUACUCGAGAAAAAGAUACAAGGCUCGUGUUGUUGAACGAGAGAUUUUGGGUGCUCAAAUUGAAAAUCCGGAUAAAGAAGAUAAAAUCGUGGAAGUGAAUAUUCUUUCCAGAGUUGAUAAUUCAGUCGAAAUAGCCGAUGUUGGAUUGACUUCAGCUGAAAAUCUGAUAGACUGUGCUACUACAGUGAAAACAACUUUGGGACAGGAAGAAGAAGCAACAAUGGAUGAAUCUGUAGCAAGCGAUGACGUGGCAGUACACGAGUGUGGAAUCCCGUCUGAUGGAUAUGAAGACGCGGUUAAAGAAGCUUCUAGAAGUGGCGGCUCCUCCUCAAACGUGUCAGUUUCGGAAGGGCAGCAGUGUAUUCAGACAGGUGAAGCUAUUUCAGAAACACUGCAAUAACAAAUGAAUCAACUAUUGAAGAAGUCUCUUUUCGCGAAGAAUAAAAUCUCGGAUAAUUCGAAAGCACUGCAAGGAGUGAAG